AGUCAGGUUCUUCUCUGAACUUUCACCUUGAAGAUGCUGCAACGUUGUGUCACUUGACGGUUGUUAUAUCGAGAUUCGGAUGUUUUCGAUAGAUAAGAAUUUUCCGAUUUCCAUCAUCAAUAGCACAGCACGAGGACAGCAGAGAAACCGGUUUGUCAACCCACGAAAAAUUCUUCAGUGUAGCAGCACCGCGGAAGAUUUAACCGUGGCCUGCCAUGAAAAUGCUAACUGCCAGUGUGUCGUUGGCUGCACUGAGUCCAGAAAGAAGUGCUGCACGGUAUCCACAAAAUCAGUGCCUUUGAGCUCUUUGGCAUGUCUCGAUAAUCGCGCUGCUUCGUUUGGAUGCUCCAGUGCAUCCCUGUUUAGCAGCAAAGGCAGUCGGAAACGCGUUCCCACGGUUAUAAGCGUGGGAAUUUUAAACCCGUAGUUUAUUGGCGGUGUGCCAGCCAUGUUGCCGGCGCAGUACGCCGCGAUACGUCCCCGUCCGCCCAGUCCGGCGCCCAGUACCGUCACCGUCGUUCAGCCGGACGCGGACGACGCUCCGCCGCCGGAGCCAGCGCCCGGGCGUCGAGCCGGCGCCACGGCCAACAAAAAGACUGUGCGGGAGUACAGUUUCGUCAACACGGAGAAGAGCAUCAGCUGUCCGCUGUCCUGCAUCUGCAACGUCGUAGCGCGCAGUAAGGAGAAGCGGCACGCCAAGCCCAAGCAAGUUGUGUCGCACGCCGUGCGUGGCGGCCAGUGCUUCCUGUUGUGCUUGCUGGACAGUCCACGCAGUGCGCCCACCUUCCUGCGCCAGUGCCUGGUCAGCCAAGACCUGCGCCUGGCCUACUGGCAGCACUUGACCGCCACCAACGGACUGCCGCACGAACGCCACGAGUACUGGGAUGACGAGCGGGAGAACAGUAUGCGGGAGGCGCUGUUCGCUCCGCUGUCGGCGGAAGAGCAGCGUCACCAGCGGGAGAUUGCCGCCUGCGACAAUACGGCCGACUGGUGUGCCCGCACCCACAACGGGCAGACGGCCAUGGCCGGUCUGCCAGCCGUGGUGGCAGUGCCGACAGUGUUGUCGGCGGCCGUUGGCAGUGGCCAACCGUCGGCCAGCGCCCCCGCCCCUGUUAGUGUGGUAAAUGGCUCGCAGCCUCGGCCGCCAGUGACCACCACACCCACUGUCAAUGCCAGCGCCAGCCCUAUACCACGGCCACUGAUGGCCACCACACCCACCGUUGGCACGGGCAUAACCACCACGCCCACCGUCAACACCAGCGCCAGUCUAAUGCCGCCUCCUAUCGCUCUGCCGGCAGUCCGCACCCUCAUGCAGCCCAACAAGGUGCCCCGCCCAGUACCGGCGGUCAGCGUGGCCGGCAUCCCACCGCCGAAUGCCCCCGUCGCAAGCGUCACCAUACCGCCGCCCGUGGCCGUCAUGUCCCUGUCCAGCGACCUGAGCAGGAGCGCCGACACCACCGACCGCGGUGUACCGACCGUUCUCAAGCGUCUCCCGGAGCGGUUGUGUAAGAAACGGACCGCUGGCGCACCGGACACCGGUGCCAACGCUGUGGCGCCCCCUCCACCGUCCGCAGUACCGCCUCCCCGGCCAGCACCGGUUGCCCGUCCCAACCCACCGAAGAGGCCGUCCGCGGCAGCGGAAGCGGCGCUCUUCCCGGUGGAGCGGGUCAUGGGCGCCAAGCUGGUGACGGACAGCAGCAAGCGCGGGCCGGCGGCGCGCCAGACCUUCUAUCUCAUCAAGUGGGAGGGCUUUCCGCGCAGCCACAGCACCUGGGAACCGCGGACGCAGCUGCACUGUCUGCAGGCCAUUCGGAACUUCCACAAGGCGCACGGGAGAUUAACAGUGCGAAAGCCGAAAAUCCUCAGCCCGGAAGGCGCGGAUUUCGAGAUGUCCCGGGGAGAGCCGCCGGAGGAAGGGCAGCCGGCCAAGCAGCCAACCGAAACGGGAGCGUCGACGUCGCUGUAUCUGCGCAGUCGGCUGUGCGCACUUCCGGCCUAAUCAGCGACACACGCCGCUGCCGCAUCAGUUAUUACAUAUCCAAUGAUGUUUCCUUUUUCUAUAGUUGUAUUAGUUAAGCGGCCGAUUAACAGGCAUUUGAACUAGCUACUUCUUUG